GUCCCCUCACUGCACAAACACAGAGCCUGUCUGUAUGUCAGUUCUCGUGUCAUUCUAUGCAACCCACCUCUACUCUGGUUUAGGUACCGGUCAUCUCUGCAUGGAAUAACGACCACACGCUACUGUCAUGCUGGAAACAUGUCGCUAUUGGAUCAUUAUUGGAUCGGAUUAGCAAAAUUGAAGGAAUGAUGAAUGAAUAAAAAAACGGCGACGUGGAUAAUCGACAAGCCCUGUUUUAAACCGUCAGCAGUUCUCUUGAAUUAGUCGUCAAUAACAAGCGUUCAAGACGGACGGCGUACUGGAGCACAGAGGGAGAAUCCGCGCGAACAUGAGGGAACGGGACUUUAUGCCCAACCUAGAACGGGGCAAACCGGCUACAUACACGGGAGAUAAAAAAGCUAAAAUGGCUGCUAAAACCAAUAAAAAGUGGGUGAGACUGGCUACUGUAUUCGCAUAUGUUUUGUCAGUGUCUUUGGCUGCUAUAAUACUGGCAAUUUAUUACAGUUUGAUAUGGAAACCGACGUCUGCCUCUGUGUCUGGACGGUCAGAUGUGUUGGUGACAGCCGCAAUGAUGCCCUUAAACACAAGUAAUAUCACAACAAUUGAUGUACCGACAAUUACCAAGAUGAAUAAUACACCACCGGUGAGUUUGAGAUCAACACAGACUCCUACCUACGCCCACUCCACUUCUCAACAGGGACAACUGCACUUGGUUGACAACAAAGGUCAUGAAGGCCUACCAAAUAUCCCCACAACAAAAACAGAGAAAACUGACCAAAUAGGAACAUUUGACCCAGUACACAUUCACGAAAAACCAGGACGUUUCAGUACAGCAGAAGUUAGCGAUGAGUCAAAAACUACUUCUCUAGUAGCAGGUGCAUCAAUUGAACCUCCAUCGGCGCAUGCAGCCACAUCUUCGACUAAACAAAACAUCUAUGACAGUUCUGGGUUCGGCACCCCUGAGAAUCAGCCAAAUAUUUGGGAUUCAGCCUCUCCCACAACUGACCAAGGAUCUUUGACAAGCCACAGUGAAAGACCUGACAUCUCAUCUUUGACAGAACAUGGUCUAGAAUUAAUGGAGGGUUCGUCACCAUUGCAAGAGGAGUUGGUUACCAAGGACACAGGGAAUGCAGCUAUUGGAGUGUGACACCAGAUUAUUUGUGUGGCAUGUAAUUAUAUGACAUUAUCAGCAAUGACUGCACACAGAGAGAAAUAACAACUGUGAACGUCAUAGAGUUUAUGUUAAUUUUGUUUCUUUUUCAAGGACAGAAACUGUGUUGACCUACCUGUUUUGGAAAGCUCUUAUAAAGGUUGUUAGAUUAUAGAGUGCAACAGUCAGGCUCCAGAAGUAAUAUUUACUUUUUUUUACUUCUAUAAAUUCAUUUUGAAUGGUAACUUAUAAACAUCGCCUAUAAAGACAGACAUACUAUGAUCUAUGAGGUUGUUAAUCAACGGUAUCGGUGUUUUUAUUGAAGAUACCAGCCCACAUUAUUUCUGAUCGCACAUUAUAUAUAUUUUUAAUAGAAUUUUUAACAGCAGAAUUCCUGUUGAAAAAAAAAAACAUUACUUCGGAAGAUUCUGCAGAGAAAUCUCCACCAAUCUGAUAAUUGCGACAAGCAAAUUGCGAAAAUAUGUGAAAAAUACAUUCUGAACCAUCCAGGCUGUUGAAAAAGUGGCCAGGCACUGCUGCACUCUAUAAUUCGUUUGCAGGUAAUCACAGCCACGCUGAUUCAGAACAAAAGAAGGAUUAUAUUGCUAGUUCUAUAAACAUGGAAAUUAAUAUUCAGUAACUUACAUGUUAGACAAAAAUUUACCAGUUAGUUUGUACAUUUCUUUCCAAUGAAAAUAGUUCCAAGAGAAGUCAAAGCAUCAAAUCUUUGCAUGAGGUACGGACGUAGGCCAGUAAGUUCUGUGGGUGUAAACCUCACUCCUCUUGCCACAAGAGGCAUUGAGGCAGUGUUUGGCGUCCUUGUUAGUGUGCCCACCUCCCACGCAGGAGACCCUGAUUCAAAACUCGCUCAGAGUGGGUUGAAUAGGACUACAUUUGGUGCCGUGACCCAAGUGGAAGUGAGGUUUAGGGGGAUGCGUGUAACUGACGUAGAGUUGUGCAUGUAAACCUCACUCCCCUGGCCUCAAGAGAUUGUGGUCUUUAGCACCCUUGUUAGCAUGCACGCCUCCCAAGCCUGUGACCGAAUUUCGCUUGGAGCGUGUCCAGUAGGACCGCAGCACAGAAUAAACGUCUGUCUAGAGCAGCAUAUGUGAGUGAAGUGGAGCAAAACAAAGUAUACAGAGAUUUCCUAGCCCUCCUCCUCAUUCAUUUCAGGUUUUCCAAACAUAGAAACAUUAAUUUGAAUAAUCUGAGAACAAGAACUAAUUGUAUAGUGGAUAAUAAAUUAAAAUACAGUAACUGCCUUUACAUACAAAGAGCGACAGGCUUAUGGUUCCUUUGGAACAACAUGAUUAUGUCCUUUAGACAGGAUGAUGUCCUUUGGAACAACAGGAAAUUGAGCCAUUCACAUCACCAACAUUGGACACACAUCCUACAGUAGCAUCUAUUUCAUUGUGUAAUUGUGAGCAACACUGUUUAAAGCAAGUUAAAACACUUUGCCAAUAGAGUUCAGGAAUGCUCAGGAAUGAAAUAUCUAUCUGAAUGCAAAAUGCCUGGCUAGAAGAAUACACUGUGCAAACUCAACCAUGUUGAAAGGCGUGUUUUAUAAACCGCCGUGGGUUGAACAACAUAUAAGAUGCAAAAUAUGAUGGAUGAAUAAACAAAUAUUUUCCUUCA